GCACUCCGGACUUUAACGCAAACGCCGCGCUCGCCGUACCCGUUGGCGAAAAUCAAAAUGCAAAUGGCGAAAGUGAAAUCGGUGGAAUCGUUAGGGAUGAAGUGGGCAAGGACGGUCAAGAUGGAUUAAAAUCGAGAGCAGGCGAUUCUUGUGGUGAUAAGAAGUCUGCAAGUGCAGCGCCAGGGACUACAGAAGAAAUCAGAUUACUGUGAAGUGGACAUUGAUACCUAACAAAUAAGAAGAGACCACUGUCUUGCACUAUUGCUGGAACAACUGCAGUUGACUGUGGUUGACUGCAGGGUUUAUAAGCAAAAUGAAUUCAGCAAGCAAGGUUGGAGAAAUAUUUGUUGAAGCUGGAGAAGCAUUCAACAGGCUAGGCAGUCUGACAGUACAGUUACAGCAGGCAUCUCCAAACCCUACCAACAGCGGAAAAUGGCAGGAGGAUGAGAUCGAUCUACUCCACGACGCCGUUAAACGGUUCGGCGCCGAUCCGCAGAAGAUCAGCGAAGUGCUCAAAAGUCGCAGCGUGAGCCAGAUCAGAAACGCGCUGCGGACCAAGGCCUUCGAGGGUGUGCAGGGCGGCGGGAAGCCGCGGCCGCGGCCAGCCGAGCGGUCCAAGCAACAGUCUCAGCCGGCGCCCCAGCCGGCACCCCAGCCACCGCAGCAGCCGGACCAGCAGGCCGGCAUGGUGGCUCAGUCGGACGUGACGCUGAACAUGCUGAACGCCGGCGUGCCGGAGCACGAGGGCGACAUGAGCGGCGCCUACUACGUGGGGCCCACAGAGGAGGUGUCGUGAGACGCCCGAGCCGCUCUCCCAGGGACGGGUGGAGGGGAAAGUGACUGACGGGGGCGGUCCACGGUGACACUCGGCCGGCCGGUGACCCGUACUCCGCAGUGGUCACUGGCGACACUCCCGCACUCGUGACUUGAAUGGACGUCCUGUAUUCGGGACUGGGUCCGUCGGGCAGUCACUGACAUGGAGACUUGACGGAUUCUAAAUCGCAGAGGACAAGCGCGGAUCAACGCCGCGCGGUUCUGGCUAAUUAAAUGCCGCGCUAUGUUUGCGCAACCCGCCUUCUUAGUUUGACAUCAUUUGCAACUCCCAAACAUAAUGACAGUCUGCUGUCUGACGAAUGUUGUUUUGUGUGGCCUUCGACGAGGUUUGCUGUCGCGUACCGUUGCAGAGCAGCAGCAAACGAUUGACAAAUGCAGAAUACCUCGUGGUUGGAAUGUGAACGUGAUCGAUCGAAGUUUAUGUUUGUCUGGUUUCGUUAUCAUUCAUUUGCUGCCGUCUUGAGUUUGACCAUAGUUCACCACAUUCAUGCUUCGCGUAUUCAUCCAUUUGUGUAAUAAAUUCCAUCACACUCGUU